CUCAACUUAUCCCCCACCCCCCUUGCUACUCCCCACUAUGAAGCCCCUAACCAGUCCCUGGUUCAUCUUGCAACCAUCGAGCUUCAAACCGGGAAGAAGAGAGAGACUGAUGUGAGCCACCAGAGCACGACCAGUGCUACCCCUCCGUAGCAGCUCGCCGCAACCUCACGGAACGCAUCUUUCUCUCAGUAGGUCUGCUAAUGCUCCUUCAAUUCUUGCCUAUGAAUCAACACCGGCGACCGAUGUCAAGCAACAAUUUUGUAACGGCCAUAAUACCACAACUAUCCAGCACAAAAGCUCCACUCCCUGCUUCAUCCCUUCCAAAAACCCUCAUUGCAUUUUGUCUGCUAGCUCUAAUCUCUGCAUCCAGAGCAAGCACAACACCCAAGCUCCCUCAUCUGCUGGCUAUGGAGGAUCUUCUAGCAGGUGUGGUGGAUCCGGAGAUGGAAAUGGAGGUGGAGAUGAUGGAUCUGCAGGCUAUCAGCUCUGGCUUGGGCGAGUUGCAAGUCCCCGAACCCAUGGAGAUGGAGGGCCCCCCCAGCUCUCUGCAAGAGGUGCUGCAAGCUCAGGAGGAAGAAGAGACGAAAUCGGGAGAAGGAGCCAACCAGCCAGGGGAACCACACAAGGCCAGCAGAAAACUGCUGGCCUACGCCGCCAUCGCUCGCCCUCAUCUGAAGAAAAUAUCUCCGAUGCCACCUCCCUUGUCAGAGGAGAUGAGCAGGAAAGCAAAUGAAGGGCUAGGCCCCGGCCCCGCAGUUCACAUCGGGACGAGCGGUCUCCCGGAGUUCGCAACGAAGCCGGACAAAAGGGGGAUUUAUUCCUACUUUGUGUCCACAGGAGUGAAGCAAGUGUUCAAGAAUCUCCUGGUCUCAGUGGCAGCGCUGUUCAUAGGAGGUAUUUUGGAGACGGUGUGUCUGUUUCUCCUGUCAACCCUGUAUGCGAUGUUCUCUAGCCCAAUACAGCUGCCAGGAGAAGCUAACUGCACUGGCGAGUCAGCGAUGGAGGUUGACGGCCAGCCUCUGGAUCUGCGCCCUACUCCGGUGGGUGGCCAUCCUGGCCUUUGCUCUGCUAGAGACAGAGAAGGAGUAGGCCUUCUACUGGAAUCUCAAGGUCCCUCUUCCCUCAAUCAUCUACACGGCGGGAACGGCCCUAUUAACGUUCAACUUCAACAAAACUCGAGCACUCUACAACAUGACGAAGGGGCUCUGGCGCCAGCCCACAAGGCGCCAUGAGUCUGUUAGCAUGGAACUAUCAGGGCGCCGGCAGGAGCCUUGAGAGCAUCCCCACAAACGCCAAGCUGAUGGCCAAUCUGGAGGUCUUUAGCUUUUAUCCAGAAGUCAAGUUCAAGUAGAUGUAGUCGAGUCUAGUAGCUUUUAUGUUCUAGCUAGUUGCUAUCUUAAGCAUGUUUAUGGAGACCCUCAUCACCGAAGAACCACUUGGAUCUAGAGACAAAUCCGUCUAUUUGUUAUGUCUAAUCAGAACCUACCUUUCAUUUAUAUGGGUGACAUAAACAUUAUGCAUGUAGCUGAAAAGCUUGGCCCUAGGCCUCCUAAUUAUCGUUUGAUUUCCGAAUUC